AUGGGAAAAGCCAAGACUCCCCGGAAGAACGGCGCCGCCUCCGCCGCGUCCCCAUAUUCGCGGCCAACUGGCAAGGGAUCGGCACAAAAGAACAAUGUCUUCAAGUUCAACACGAAUGUCGGACAGCACAUUCUCAAAAACCCCGGCGUGGCAGAUGCAAUUGUCAACAAGGCCGAGUUGAAACCAACCGAUACGGUCCUGGAAAUCGGCCCCGGUACGGGCAACAUCACGACGAGAAUUCUCGAAAAGGCGAGAAAAUGCAUAGCGAGUAGGAAUGCCCGAUCCUGCGCAAUUUUGUGCCGUUUUGUGCACGCAGUGCUGACAUCUGAUUCCAGUCGAGCUCGAUCCUCGGAUGGCGGCCGAAGUGGUACGCCCUUACAAAAGAAGCUGGAGGUCCUUUUAGGCGAUGCUAUCAAGACCGAGUUCCCUCCGUUCGACGUCUGCAUCUCGAAUACGCCGUACCAGAUCAGCUCGCCCCUUGUCUUCAAGCUCCUCUCGAUGCCCAACCCACCGCGGACGGCCGUUCUCAUGUUCCAGAAGGAAUUUGCUCAGCGCCUGGUUGCACGCCCGGGUGACACACUCUACUGCCGUCUCAGCGUCAACGCCCAGUUUUUCGCCCGCAUCACUCACGUCCUCAAGGUCGGCAAAGCCAACUUUAAACCCCCUCCAAAGGUCGAGUCAGCCGUGGUGCGCAUAACGCCCAGAACAGGCUCCGAGAAGCCGAAAUUCAAUUUCGCCGAAAUGGAUGGCAUGCUGAGAAUCUCCUUCACGCGCAAAAACCGCACGCUCCGUGCUUCAUUUGUUAGCAAAGAAGUACUUGCCAUGCUCGCCCGUAACUACAGAGUGUACGCUUCGAUGAACGGUAUAGCUGUGGACGACAGCCUGGUGGAAGACGCCGCUGCAGACGACGAUGACGGCGAAGAUGCCGACAUGGACGUUGAUGACGAUGCCGACAACGACGCCCAAGCCGACGAGGAGGACGCGUUUGGCGGCAUGGAUAUCGACGACAACGAUGAAGACCUGCCGACGUUCUUCAAAGAGAAGCCGUACGUACCGCCGCCCAAGACACCAAGCAAGCGCAAGCGGACCAAGGUCGACGAGCUGGUGCGCACAAAAGUGCUGCGCGUUCUAGAGCAACUAGAAAUGGCCGACCGGCGCUCCAGGCAGUGUGACGAAACAGACUUUUUAAAGCUUCUGGAUGCGAUGAACAGCGAGGGUAUCCACUUCUCGUGA